GGAGGGACGCCUGGCCUGGUUUCCGGGCGACUCCACCCUGCUGGCGGCGGCAUCAUCGUCAGUUUUCCGCGUUUCCUUCCUGAAGUGCAAGCGUGGCGGUCAUGCCUUGGAUACUCUCGGCAACUAAGCUUGUUCCCGCGGUAGCAAGCGCCCGCAGCCUCUCAGGACGCAUGUCAUGUUCACAGCGAAGGUACUCCCUGCAGCCCAUCCCAGAGAGGAGGAUUCCAAACCGAUACUUAGGCCAGCCCAGCCCCUUUACACACCCACACCUCCUCAGACCAGGGGAGGUGACGCCAGGACUAUCCCAGGUGGAAUAUGCACUUCGCAGACACAAACUAAUAUCUCUGAUCCACAAGGAAGCACAAGGGCAGAGUGGUACAGACCACACAGUGGUACUGCUGUCCAACCCUACAUACUAUAUGAGCAAUGAUAUCCCCUAUACUUUCCACCAAGACAACAAUUUCCUGUACCUGUGUGGAUUCCAAGAGCCUGAUAGCAUUCUGGUCCUUCAAAGCCUCCCCGGGAAGCAGUUACCAGCACACAAGGCCAUACUUUUUGUGCCUCAGAGAGAUCCCAGUCGAGAACUUUGGGAUGGCCCCCGAUCUGGUACUGAUGGAGCAAUAGCUCUAACUGGAGUGGAUGAAGCCUAUACGCUGAAAGAAUUUCAACAUCUUGUACCAAAACUGAAAGCCGAGACACAUACACUGUGGUAUGACUGGAUGAGGCCCCCUCACAUUCAGCUCCACUGUGACUACAUGCAGCAGUUGACAGAGGUCAAAGCCAGGAGCAAGAACAAGGUUCGGGCUGUGCAGCAGCUGGUACAGCAUCUCAGGCUGAUCAAAUCUCCUGCAGAAAUUGAACGAAUGCAGAUUGCUGGGAAACUGACAUCACAGGCUUUCAUAGAGACCAUGUUUGCCAGUAAAGCCCCUGUAGAGGAAGGCUUUCUUUAUGCUAAGUUUGAAUUUGAAUGCCGGGCCCGUGGUGCAGACAUCUUAGCCUACCCACCUGUGGUGGCUGGAGGUAAUCGGUCAAACACUCUGCACUACGUGAAGAACAAUCAACGCAUCAAGGAUGGGGAAAUGGUGCUGCUGGAUGGAGGUUGUGAGUCUUCUUGCUAUGUGAGUGACAUCACUCGUACCUGGCCUGUCAAUGGCAGGUUCACGGCACCUCAGGCAGAACUCUAUGAAGCUGUUCUAGAAGUCCAGAAAGAUUGUCUGACCCUCUGCUCCCCUGGAACAAGCUUGGAUAACAUCUACAGCAUGAUGCUAACACUGAUAGGACAGAAGCUUAAAGAGUUGGGGAUCAUGAAGAACAUUAAGGAAAAUAAUGCCUUCAAGGCUGCUCGAAAAUACUGCCCGCAUCAUGUUGGCCAUUACCUGGGGAUGGAUGUCCACGACACUCCAGACAUGCCCCGCUCCCUCCCUCUGCAGCCUGGCAUGGUAAUCACAGUGGAGCCAGGUAUUUAUAUUCCGGAGGAUGACAAAGACGCCCCUGAGAGGUUCCGUGGUCUUGGUGUACGAAUUGAGGAUGAUGUAGUGGUAACAGAGGACUCACCUCUCAUCCUUUCUGCAGAUUGUCCCAAAGAGAUGAAUGACAUCGAACAGAUAUGCAAUAGGGCCUCUUGACCCUCAGUGUGGCCCACAUGCAUCUUAGGUUCAGAAGGGGUGGACGUUGGCCUCUGUGCACGUGUGCUUUCUGGGGGUCUCUGUGUGGACAUUUAUACACGUGUUCCACUGGGGAGUGCAGCAGCUAUAUGAGUGUAUGUAGUUGUGUAUGUGGUCUUUUCUUGUUUUAUGUAGCUAGAAAUCUGGGAAAUUGAGUUUUGGGAUUGUAUGUUACUGCAACUUUAGUAACAUUAAUUCUGUAGAAUUAAUGACUCAGACAAGUUUAGUUUUCAGAUGUAAAGAAAGAUCUUGGUUACAUAUGUCCACGCAUCCCAGUUAGCACAUGGAGAAAAUUCUCUGCUUCUCUCCAGGUCCUUCCCCUCUGCACUUUUCCUGAGAUCUACCUAAUAUCAUAAGAUUUUUGUGUAAUGCUUAUAUAUUUUGAGCCAAUCACCAAGGUCUUUCCCUACACUGAAAACCACCCAUCAGUGAUUGUGGGUGGCCAGUACAUACCUUCCAUAACACCUGCCUACCUAUCCAGGAGCCCAUGUAUCUACCGGAGCCAUGUGAGCCCUCAGGACACUGGUGUCCUACAGUCACACCAUUCAGCCACAGUCCAGAUUCCAGCAACACUAGCUAUCGAACAAAACAUUUUUGAGCCUUUCUUGCUAUUUGGUUACCUGGGACCUGGAAGGUGUUUAGAUUCUUGAUAAGGAAGGAAAUGAAAGAGAAAGAAAAGUAUAUGUGUCUGCUGUAGAUCCAGACCGCCAUCCGUCUGUUCUCAGUCUAAAGUUGAUUCCUUUCCCAGACAUCCAUGCUUGCUUUAUAGAUUCUUAAUGCAUUGACCCUCAGCACACCCUUGAAGCUGCUUCCCUGGCCAAGGGCAGAUCCUCUACUUACCCUAUUAAAGUCAGAGGAAUGGCACCCAGUAUUCAGAGAGACACCCCAGUUAUUAUUCUGUGAUUUCCUCUAGUGCCAAUAAAAACAAAAUAUGCAACCCGCUCAGUACCUGUAAACACCCUGUGAUCCUUUCCUUCCUUGGACGUUAGCACUGGAAGGACAAUGGUAAAGACUUAUGUUUCCCUCAACACAGUGUUGGAUGCAAUUAUAUAAUACUCAGUUUGUGAAGUGAACAGGGCUAGACUGCUGCAGAUAGGUUAUUUGGGAGCUCCUAUCAUAGGGGAAAGCUUUAAGAACUAGUGUGUUCACCUCCUUUAAACCUGCAUAUGAGCUCAAGAUGUAUAAAACAUGCUGAUUAUUAGAACAUAAAUUCGAAAAAUUUUAAGAAAAUAUUUGCAUUAGGGAAGAACAGGCUAGGAGAUUAACACUCCUUGCAAUGCUAGAGGUUUGCCCAUCUUGUCAGAAAAACCCAAGGUACAGAGCCCAGAGCAGACAGGCAGUGACUUCAUCAGGAGACAAAGAUAAUGUUAGCGACCAAAGUGAUACAAAUUGUGUCCUGACAGUGCUCACCCGCAAAUGCUUGGCUGUGCUCAGCAGCUGUGGGAAUGGAUGGCUGCACAGCUGGAGUCAUCAUCCCUGCACCUGCCCUCCUCACCCCUCUCCAACUUCUCAGUCCUGUGCUUGUUACACUCUAAGAGGGGACUAAAAAGAACCCACAACUCUGGCUUCUCACUCCCUUGGCCUGUAUGGCCUCAACAACCUUUUUCUGGAAUUGGGUUACCUUUGUUCACUUACAAUCCUGGAAUAAGGAAUUUCCUUUUCUUCCUAUAAAUCAUUUUCUGUAGUCUUCAACUUUCUAGCUAAAAGCUUAGGCGGCUUUUAUGAAUAGCAGCCUACUUGGACAUGAAACAGACUUCUUCCAGCUGGACUCCUGGCAAGUUCUACAGGUGUUGCAAGUCACACGUAGAACGGCCGUUGUGGAAUUCUUCUGGUGAUUUAUAGUCCCUGACCCAGGCGUAUUGUCCUUUGAGUCCCCGAUUAACCACAGCAGCUAACAUUUGCAUCAGACUAUCAGAACCUUCAAGAAGUGACACAGUGUACAUCUCAGAGCAGCGGUUCAGGGACUGUCUGAUCUGUUCAGGAUUGGUUGAGCAGAUAAUUGUGCACAGUGCUGGAAUCUCAUUAAUUCUUAGCCUUACCACAGACAUGCCCUACAUUUCCCUCCUGGUUUCAGUAUAAUAAAUACUUCAUAUAUACA